AUGGCCGCUGAAUGUUGUCAUAAUUCUAUCUAUCUCAGUGUUCUUAUCUAUCUAUCUAUCUAUUCUAUCUAUCUAUCUAUCUAUCUAUCUAUCUAUCUAUCUAUCUCAGUCUGUUCCUAUCUAUCUAUCUAUCUAUCUAUCUAUCUAUCUAUCUAUCUAUCUAUCUAUCUCAGUCUGUUCCUAUCUCUAUCUAUCUAUCUAUCUAUCUAUCUAUCUAUCUAUCUAUCUAUCUAUCUAUCUGUCUGCAUCUAUCUAUAUCUAUCUAUCGCCAUCUAUCUAUCUAUCUCAUCUCUUUCUUUACCUAUCUAUCUAUCUAUCUAUCAAAAUCUAUCUAUCCAUUCUGUUUCCUCUAUCUAUCUUCGUCUUUAUCUAUUUAUCUAUCUUCUCAGUCUGGUCCUUUCUCUAUCUCUAUCUAUCUCUCUAUCUAUCUCUGCAUCUCUUUAUCUAUCUAUUUUUAUAUCUAUGUCAAUUUUAUGCCUUUCUCUCUCUAUCUCUCUCUCUCUCUCUCUAAAAUCUAUGCAUAUCUCUCUCUCUCUUUUUCUAUCUCUCUCAUCUAUUUAUCGAUCUCUCUCUCUGUGUAAAUCUGAAAAUUAUCUCUCUUCCUAUCUAUAUCUCUCAUCUAUCUAUCUAUCUAUCUAUCUAUCUAUCUAUCUAUCUAUCUAUCUAUCUAUUUACAUAAUUAGAUUAGUUUAA